AUGAAGAAUUAUCCAUGUCAUAUCUGUGAAAAAUCGUUCAACCAAAGUAGCAAUUUGACGAGACAUCGACGCACACACUCUGGCGAAAAACCAUACGGGUGCGACGUGUGCGACAAAUCGUUCAGCCAGAGAAGCCAUUUGACAAAACAUCGACGCACACACUCUGGUGAAAAACCAUACGGGUGCGACGCGUGCGGCAAAUCGUUCAGCCAGAGUAGCAAUUUGACAAAACAUCGACGCACACACUCUGGCGAAAGACCAUACGUGUGCGACGUGUGCGACAAAUCGUUCAGCCAGAGUAGCAAUUUGACAAAACAUCGACGCACACACUCUGGCGAAAGACCAUACGUGUGCGACGUGUGUGACAAGUCGUUCUUUACAAGCUCCAGUUUAACGAAACCUAUAAAUGUACGUACAUGGCAAUCUGAUCAAUAUGAUCAAAUAUCCGAGAUCCAAGGAUUGUAUUGA